GGCGGACGGACCCCUCAGUCAGUCGGUUGGAGGCGCCGCGCUACCGCGCCGGAGCCGAGCGCUCGGCCCCCUAGGCCGCCCCAGGCCGCCCCCAGGCGCUGCCGUGGACGCCCCUCGGCACCUGCCUCCCUCCAGGACUUCCAGGACCUCCGGGGCCCUGCAGUCGCUAUGGUGGCCCCGGCGGGGCUGGGCUCCUGAAGUGCAAGGGGGGCGUGUGGCACCCGCGUGGGCCUCGGGCCUCGGAAUGAAACCUCCCGCAGCAGCAGCAGCAACUCCAAGCAGGGUCCAAAAAAGUCGCGAACGGCGUCCAACCAAAUCCCUCCAAUGAUCCCUCACGUCCAUCCUAUGACCAACGAAAUAAGCAACACCAAAAGAAACGCCGUCCAUUUUUUGUUGUUUAUCCACGGCGUGUUUCCCUUCGCCUGAACAAAAAAAUAAAAAUAAUAUUAACCGCCGGGAUGGUCCUGGCGGCGAUGGGGGUCCCCGGCGAGCCUCCUGUAGCUCCCGGAGGACCUUCCGUCGGCGACCUCGGGGCCUCGUCCACCCCGACCUCCAUGGUGCUAGACGUGGUGCCGGCCGACCUCGACCUGCACCUGCCGUCCGACCUGUCGAGCGACCUCUCCCCCGACCUGUCGCCCGACGCUCCGUCCUCCGGCCUGGCGGACGAGGGCGUGUACUGCCUCUCCUCCUCAUCGUCCAUCCUGGCCUCGGACUCCUCCUCAGAGUCGUGCGAGAUCCACUCCAUCGGCAUGUCAGUGCACCCGUCCAGCAGCGCCUCCUCGGGUAUUUCGAGUUUGGUAAGCUGCGCGACUUUGACUGAACUCCCAGAUUUUCCGGAACUUCCCGAAUAUGACGAGGCCAGGUUGCAACGAGCAGCUCAUUCUCUGCGACAAAGGCUCAUUCUUAGGAGGUGGUUAAAUCAACUCGGCCUUGGACAAUACUACCACAGGCUGAUACAUGCUGAUGUAACAGCCCUGGAGGAUGUAUACUGGCUUGAAGACAACAGAGCACAGCAGUUAGUCGGCAAAGACUUUGCUUUGUGGUCUGCUGCUCGACAGACACUCCCAUCAUCUAAAGAUCAGCUAGAAUGGCUAAAGACAGAACUUUGGUCAGGUGUAGUUAAGGAGAGCCAGCAUGAAGAUGCCUGGACUUGGGGAGGGAUGCUGGUUGUAUCAGUCUCAGUGGCGGGACUGGUUACUCUGGCCGCCAUGACCCAACCCUCUCUUGCUCCAGAAGCAAAGACAUCUCUUCUUCAAUAUGUCACAGGAAAAUACCUUCUGCCCUCUAACUGCACGGUAACGUUUGAGUGGGAUGAACCAGCAGUUGUUGGAGAAACAGUAACUUUUACUGUCAGGUUUUACCAAAGAAAUGGACAACCGUAUCCAAUAUGUGAUACAGAUAGUCUUGUUGUGGAGGUCAAUGAAGGCAUUCGACGUGUAGCCACUUUAUCAGAGUUAGGUGGCACUGAGCCAUCAGAGGCCAACAUUGCCAAAGUAAAAUUCACUGUGCGUCAUGCUGGUGUCUAUCGCAUUGUUGUUUUGGUAGGAAAUUGUCAUGUCCAGGGAAGUCCUUUCCAAAAAAAGUUUCUUCCAGGUGCACCAAAUCCAAGGAAUACUGUAUUUGUUCGGCACAGCUCUACAGUGGUGUGUACAGCCAAAACACCUUAUCCAUUGCAUAUAGAACCAAGAGAUGAAUUCAACAACCUGUGCACAUUUGAAGAUGAGGAAGACCCUUUAUCAGGAUAUACGGUGAACAUUACUGCAGUUGGAAGUACAGAACCUGCUGAAGAUUGUUCUAUCAAUAUGGAAUAUGAUAUUUUUACUUCCCGAAUUGAACUUGUUGUUUGUAUCAUGCCUGAGGGAUGCUACCAUGCAUGUGUGAGUUACAAUAGUGUACCUCUUCACAAUGGAGAAUUUGAUAUUCUGGUUCUAUCAGGUAAUGAUGCAAACUUGGUGUACAAGAAUGUUGCAUCAAAAAAUCAUAACAUAUGUUAUGAAGCUCGACUUGUCAGCUUGAAUGGAGACAGACUAGUUAAGCCAAGGCGGGUUGCAUGUUAUGUCUCUCCCAAGCAAAUCACAAUUAAAGAUUAUGUUUUCAAGUUUUUCCCUAAGAGGCUGUACACUUUCCGCUUGUGUCCGUCAACAAAAUUCAAUUACCUUGGUAACAACAAUCAGCACUCUGGUCUUCCGGGAUUUAUUAUUGAUGAUGGCUCUCAACCAAAAGUAGAGUUGGUUGCUAGAGAUAGAAAUGUUUUAGCUGCAACAUUCACCCAUUUUCUACUCAAGAACAUAGGAGGAUCUGAGACAUUCAAAGAUAAGAGGGACUUUUUCUAUCAUGAAGUACGGAAAAUGCAUCAAAAACAUUUCCAUGAAAAACUGAGUUUAAGAGUGCAGCGUGAAAAGCUGCUUGAAUCUUCUAUGAAAGUUACGAAGAGCUUCUCUGUUAGUGACUGGUGCAGAAAUUUUGAGGUGGCAUUUAUUGGGGAGCAGGGUAUUGACUGGGGUGGAGUUCGUCGUGAAUGGUUUGAGCUAGUUUGUGCUGCUUUAUUUGACUCAAGAAACAAGCUUUUCACAGCAUUCAGUGAAUCUAGCAACCAGCAAGCCCUUGUGCAUCCCACCCCUGCUCAUAGACGACCUCCACAUUUGAAAUUAAAACAUCUUGAAUUUGCUGGACGUAUUGUCGGAAAGUGCUUAUAUGAGUCUUCCUUGGGCGGUGUUUAUAGACAAAUGGUGCGAGCUCGUUUUACUCGGUCAUUUCUUGCACAAAUUAUUGGACUUAGAGUUCACUACAAAUACUUCGAGCAAGAUGAUCCAGAGCUGUACCUUAGCAAAAUCAAAUACAUUCUUGAGAAUGAUGUAGAAGAGAUGGAUCUCUACUUUAUAGAAGAAGAAUAUGACAGAGCUGGUCAACUCGUUGAAGUUGUAGAGCUGAUUCCCAAUGGAUCCAAAAUUCGUGUUCAAGAAUCAACCAAGCAACAAUAUUUAGAUGCGCUUGCCCAAUAUAGAUUGGCAACAAGUGUAAGGGAUGAGGUAGAGGCAUUCCUGAAAGGUUUGACUGAUCUUGUGCCAGACAACCUCCUUAGCAUAUUUGAUGAAAAUGAACUAGAGUUAUUGCUGUGUGGAACCGAAGAAUAUAAUGUGUCGGACUUCAAAGCCAAUCACGUAAUUAAUGGAGGAUCUGCCGAUUUCCGGAGGUCAUUAGAAUGGUUUUGGACUGCUGUUUCUAAUUUCACAAAAGAGGAAAUGGCUCGACUAUUGCAAUUUACUACUGGCUGUUCUCAAUUACCCCCUGGAGGAUUUAGAGAACUUAGCCCUAGAUUCCAAAUUACAGCUGCGCCGACUUUUGGUUCCUUGCCAACAGCACAUACAUGUUUCAACCAACUUUGUCUACCAGAAUAUGAAAGCUAUGAGCACUUUGAAAAGGCCUUACGUAUUGCAAUAAAUGAAGGGGCUGAAGGUUUUGGACUGUUUUAAAGCUGGCACUAAUAAUCAAGUUUAUGCAAUGAGUUUAAAGAGAGACCAUACUGAAAAUGCCAAAGGAAAACUUUGCGCUCGUUAUGCUUCGUCGUGUGAUAAAGAGUGUAGGAAACCAUCUCUGACAUGAUCAAACUGUACAAUUUCGUUUUUAGAAGGUAAGAAGUCAAAUUAAAAUGAAAAACAGUGUUUGGGAAAAAAAAUUCAUGCAGGAUAACUUUGGCCCUAGAAUUCUUUGGUUAUAUUUUCUUGAGUUUAAACAUUGCUGGAAAAUUUUGUACCUCACAUAUUUCUAUGCCUAGGCAAGGCAGGCCUGCUCCAAAGUUCAUAAAUUAUAAAUUUGUGGAAAAUUCUCAAUUUCUUGCUUUGUUUAAGUUGUUACAGAAGAACCACUAGCCUGAUUACACAACCGAUGUCAAGGUUUGUGGUUAGAUAAUCAACGAAAAUGUGGGCAUACUCACGGUUUGAUAACUUGAAAAUUAUCCUGCAUGAGACAUUUCAAAAUCAAAGAAAUAUACUAUUCUGUUGUAGAGGUUUUGCAGGUUCACCAAGAUUCACCAUAAAGAUAGAGAUAAAAACUUGCCUGGGCAUGAUGCAAAUUGUUUAUGCAGACUAUAGGAAGUGUUAAUGGUUUAUACUUAUCUGGAUCCAUGUAUGCAAAUCCACCAUAAACUCUUAUUGUUACACUAUGGCGAACACCAGCAAUUUUUCAGUUGGGUCUCCCCUUAAUGGCAUUAUCUAUCGAUCUAUCUAUCUAUCGAAGGGGUGCUACAGUCAAUAUGUUAAACUAAUAUCCAAUAUCUGUUAUUGCUUAAUGGAAAGCAGGACGUGAUUGUAACAAGCUAAAAUCUAUGUCAUAGCAAUUUUUUUACCAUAUACAAUAACAAUUUGUUUUUAGAUGCUAUAAGCAAGGGCCGUACAUAACUUACCUUAAUGUUUUUUGUAGACUGCAUUUUGAAGUGUAGAAUUUAUCAAACAGAAACAAGAGGUCAUUUUACUGCGUCAAAUGGAUCACACUGGUUACAUUGUCGACUCUACUACUCCUACUAAUGUCAGUUUGGUGUUUACUACCAUCUUUUUCUGCUCCUCUAUGGGAGUUGUCUGGUGUCCAUGAUAGAUGUAUGCUACUGGUAAUUGUUCAUGUAGUUUGGUUUGCACAAUAUUUAGAGAACAUGCCGAGUUGUCUGAUGUCUUUAAGGACGAAUUUAUUUUAAUUUUUAUGAUAUUUAUUAUAAUGAGAUUUUUAUUGUAACUUGAGAUGAAUUUUAUAGGGGCUGUGAUGAUUUAGUUAACUCAUUUUAGAAUCAAGAGUAGCUCAGUAUUUUAUUUGUUGACAUUGCAAUUGUUGCCAGCAGGUGUGUCAAACUGAUUAUAUUUUCCAAAAAAAAAUAUUUUGUAAAAUGCUCUCUGUAUUGUUCUAGAAACCCUUUGUGGUUGCAGGUUGUAGGGCCUAUAGUUGCUCCUUGCACAUGGUGACAUUGGUGGAGAGAAUUGGUUAAGCCUUAGCCAACAUUUUUCAAGUCAGCCAUCUUGUUUUAUGAAAACAGAUAGAUUUUUCAAGUAUUUGAGGGGACCAGACUCAUUGAUACGAUACAUCAAAACUUCAUGCUAUGCCAUCAUCAUAAGCCUUUUUAAACAUUCUUGUAUAUAAUUAAUUUCAAAUGCAGGGUUCAUCUGGUAUAUUAUUUUACCUACACAAUCAUCAAUAUUUCAUUCUAUGACAGAUAUUAUUACAAACUCCACUCAUAGCCUCAAUUUUAUGUAUGUGGAUUCCCGGGCAAAGCCUAGUCAUUAAAACACUCUUUCCUGCAUAUUUUCUAGUCAUUAACAUUCAUAAUAAUUUCAAAACCACUUUUCACUCUGGGUUUUCAAGACAUUCCUAUGCUACACAAAUUGACUUGAAAAAUGGAUCUCUCAAAUUUUGUAUUUUGCUGUAUAAUAUAAAAUAGGUUGUAGAUUAUUGCAAAAUCAAGUUUUUGUUUCCUGAUUAAUUCGGUAAUAUGAACUGCAUCCUUCCUUGUCUCCCUAUCCACAUUGGAGUAAACGAUCAGGAUGAUAGGGUAGCUGAAUAGAUAAAUAACUGUGAUAGAUUUGCUGUUCAAUUGUUAAGAAAUAUACAUUUAAAUUAGUAAGAUCAAAGCUCCUCUGCUGUUAUUGUUAAGAUCAUGGUUGUGCCUAAGAAUAGAUGUUUUAAAAAGGCCCUUAUUUACUUGGGGGCUAAUUUACCAAUUGUGGCAGGGUUAUGAAAUUUCAUUUUCCUGUCACGGUGAAAAAGUUGUGAGAGAAUAAGAGUUAUCUCUCUUCUCGUUGGUAUUCUUGGUAAUAUGUAUGUUAUUGAAAGUGGUAGUUCUUGAUACUCAGAGUGUUAGUCUGUGAAAGUACCCUUUCUUGGCUCACUUGUUAUGUUUUUUAUUCACCCUUAGAAAUUUUCUUUACCGAAAGUCUAGUUUUUAAUUAGAAAUGUCCCUUAUUUUUGCUCAGAUUUGCUUGUGGUUAUUACCUCUUUUUUUGGAGGCUGUUUAAGAAAAUAAUAGGCAUAUCAGAAACAUUCCAUCAUUGACAAUACUUUUCAAAACAAAAUAACAAACAUGAAUUUGAAAAUUUGUGCAUUUAUAUCCAGGUGUAAAUGUUUUUCUACCAUCUUUUACUACAAUAUUUUGAGAAAUGUGAGUGUGUGUGUAUGUAUGUGUGUACAGUAUGAUUUUUUUCACAGACAUGGUCUCAAUUUAUAUACUGUUUUGCAUCUCAUUCAAGUUGAUAAGAAAAAGAAAUGUAUGGGAUGGGUGGCGCACAGUAGAAUGAUAAGCUAAGAACAUUUUUUGAAAUGGUUAGUCCUAAAUUUCUGAAGUCUAAGUCUGGCACAAUACAUAAUCUCAUUAAAUUUAAGAGAUUGUUGAAAUGUUUGUGAUUUCUACUAUUUUCAUGGUUAAUGCACAGUAUCUGUGCUCCGUCCUUUCAAAAAGUGGUGUUUGUGUUGGAACUAUGGGCGUUGGAGUGUUGUAGUUUUGAGAAAUCAAACAGAAAGCUACUAAGUUUUAUUUCCUGGUGUUUUGAAAACAACAAUGGAAAGUACAAGUGCUUGCAUAUAUUAUGCAUCUUUUCAUAAUAAUUGUAAGUUUCUGAAUAUAGCAAUACUGUCUUUGUCAUUAGAAAGCCAUUUUCUAUUACUGAAGCACUAUAACCAUUCCUUUCAUAACCAAUUAUUCAGUGCUCUAAAUUGAAAAUUAUAAAAAUACAAAGUAAAACAAUUAAUCCAUCAACAGGGGCUUAUAAAUAAAUAGGGCUUGUAUUGUAGUCUUAUCUGCCUUUCUGCACAACAGACGGAAGUAGAAGAAUGACGUUUCUUUCUAUUACAGAUGUACAUGAUCUCAGAAUUCCACUGUGCAGGAGAUGCAUAAAAAUAUUAAAGUGAUAUAAUUUAACAAAAAUA